CCCUUCUUUUUUUUUUUCUUUUUCUUUCUCUCUCUCUCUCUUUAAAUUAAUGAUGAACAAGAGACAGAAAAUUGAUAAUAGUUUUAAAGACAAGUUUCAUAAAGGACUUUUUGAAGAUGAGUCCAUAGCGUCUAUUGAAAAGGCAUUCAAAGAGUCUAAGCCUUAUCUUCAUUGCAAGAUCAAUACACUCAUUGACGAUGGGUUGUUAAGAAAAGUGCGUAAAGAGAUACUUUCCAACUUGCAUUUUACCUUAAAAGAAACAGAUAUUUAUAAGGUAAAUCAAACGGGUGACUUGGCUAAUCUUGAUGGCCUUUCUAAAGGUGAAUUAAGACAACUUUCCAAUUUAUUUGAACUUCGAAAUGCUAUCUAUUCUUAUGAGUUUCGUCAUUUUAUUUCUCAAGUAACAGGCUGUGGUCCACUUUCAGGUAGUAAAAUGGAUAUGAGUAUCAAUUCAUAUCAAAGAGGCUGUCAUUUAUUAAACCAUGAUGAUGUCAUUGGUACUCGUCGUGUCUCUUAUAUUCUUUAUUUAACCGAUCCUGAAGAUCCAUGGCAACCUAAAGAUGGAGGAGCACUUGAACUUUAUCCUGUGAUUGAGAAGGGAAUCCCUGCCACUGAGCCUACAGUCAUCAUCCCUCCUCAAUGGAAUCAAUUUGUCAUGUUUACCGUUCAACCUGGACACUCAUUUCAUUCAGUAGAAGAAGUCGUUGGUUCAGGGAAUCGUCUUAGUAUCUCUGGUUGGUUCCAUAUUCCUCAGGAAGGUGAAAUAGGAUAUAAAGCAACUUCAGUAGAAGAAUUAGAUAAUGCUGCAAAAUCAUCUCUAGAACAGCUACAAGAAGAACAGGACUCAAGUGAGCAUUUUGAAAAGUAUCAAGUAGAAAAUCCUCAAGAAGAAGAAAUCGUUGGAUUGACAGAGGAUGUAUUGGUCGAGCUUGCAGAAUGGAUGAAUCCUCAUUAUUUAGAUUUAGAGAUUAUAUCUCAAAUCUCUGAACGCUUUUUAGAUGAGUCUGCGGUACAAUGUAAACAAAUAUUAAAUGAAUCUACUUUGGCUAAAUUGAUAGCUGUGACGACAAAGAUGGAUCAAGAGGAUGAGUUAUCAGAAAGGAGAGAACAUAAGAUAGCAGCACAUGGUACAGGUGUUAGAGAAGGACAAUGGUCAAUACAGGGACCACCUCAUCGUAAAAGAUAUAUGAUAAAUAAGAGUACAAAUACGAACGAAGAUAUCUUUGCUUACUUGAAAGAACGAUUUGAAUCUGAAUCGUUUAGAUUAUGGUUAUCUGCCGUCACUCAAAUUUUACCUGUAGGUUAUCGUGGUCAAGCACGUCGAUUCCGUCCAGGACAUGAUUAUACAUUAGCUACAACAAAUACAAGAGGACAAGGUGUAUUAGAUGUUACCCUCUGUCACGUUAAUAAACCCAAUUCAUGGGAAGAUGGUGAUAUAGGAGGAUAUGAAUGCUAUAUGGCACCUCAUGAUGAUGAAGAGGAUCCUGCUACUUAUAAAGCAGCCGAUGAAGAUGGUGCUUUAUUAACCUUACCCGCUGGACAAAAUGAAUUGUCACUUGUAUUGAGAGAUGAAGGUGUGAUGCGAUUUAUUAAAUAUGUGAGUGCAAUUGCUCCUGGAUCUCGUUGGGAUCUUGCUUACGAAUAUGAUUUACCUGAGGAAGAAGAAGAAUAAAAUAUCAAUCAUGUUCUUCUCUUUAUAGUGUACAUAUAAAACUACUUUUGAUAUCUGAAUAUAUGUAUAGAUAUUAGAGCAAAUAAAGCAUUGAAAAGGAGUGAGUUAGAUAGAUAGAUAAAAAAAAAAAAGAAGCAA